CGCCCAACCCUCCGACAGAGAGGGUGUACGGCCGGCUCCCCAACUACUGCCGAUGUUUCACUUGUUUUGCGAACAUAAUUGAAUUUCGAAUACCAAAUUUUAAAAACAGAAACUCACUUUUAUUUUUUUAUUUGGUGUUAAAGUUUUAAAAUGUUUUACAAAAGAGGUUUAGCAAUGAAGUUUUGGAUGCAGUUGCAGUGUUUGAGAGUGUUGCAGCACGUGAUGUGUGUGUGAGCCAUGGAUGAAUUUUGUAUUGUAUUUUGGAAGACGGCGACAUGACGGCCCAGGAGCGCAGCAAUAUUUUCUCAGAUGACGACGAGGACUUGCGGCCGCGGCAGCAGAGCCUCGGCGGGGUCCUGCGCCGAGAAGGCAACUGGAAGUGCUUCAUGCUCACCCUGAUGAUCGCCGGCUGUCUCGGCUCCGUCGCCUGGUGCAACACCGCCGAGAUCGACAGAGACCUCAUUGAUUUUAGCAAUUUUGUGUCCGUCAGGCACCCGAUAAAGCGGACAGUUAGAGAAUCACCCUGCGACGUCGGGUACGCGUACAUCCCCAUCGCAUUUGUUCUCCUCCUCUACUUGGUAUACCUGGUGGAAUGCUACCACAGCACCGCCAGGAUUCAGCUGGCGAGGAGGGUGGACGUGGCUGCUGUCAGCGCGAGGGUCCAUGCCAUGAGGAACGCUACGCCUCGAGUUUGGUGGAAGGCAAUAUGCUACCAUUACGUGAGGCGAAAGAGGCAAGUCACGCGAUAUAGGAACGGAGACGCGUAUACUACGACUCAGGUGUACUACGAAAGGGUGAACACUCACAGUGCAAGUACGUCGUUUGCCCACGCAUGCUGUGGUCAGAAAGAUGCGUCCAGGAACUUAGUACUGGACUCCAAGACACCCAUCACUAAAGUGCGAUUUAGCAAGGGUUUCGCUUUCGCUAAUAUUGAAGCUGCUAGCGAAUUCGAAGAUCAAAGAUCAAGAUUUUUCGCUGAACACGAAAGAUUUGAUGACUUCAUGGAAAUGCGUGAAGGUUUGGACCUCAUUGGAGUAAGUUCCUUCAAGGAAUACAUGGUAGCUUAUAGUCAUUUGUAUUACAGGGACGCUGACCGCUGUCCGUGGUACUCGUCACAGCUGCUAUUCUGGACACUGUCCUGUCUUCUUCUGUCGUGGCCUCUUCGCAUACUUAUAGAGUGUAAUACUGCUUAUGUACAUUAUACGAUUACUAAAAUAUUCGGCACUAACUACGAGUUGGACCCCAGUCGGCAGUUAGACAUUGAUACUCACUUAUCAGACACACUGCCGCCAGUGACUUCCAACAACUACGCGUGGGCGCUCGCUGACGAACAGAGCGCAGUCCUGUGCUCCGCUCCCCGUCCGCCUCGUACCUUGCCCCUCUCACAUGCUUCCACUGUGGACAGUCUCGAACUGUUCGCGGCCAUACGUGGCAACUGUGCCUUAGUACCCUCCUACUCAGAAGCUAUGAGAAUCGACGCUGCACUAAGAGAGGAGCCAGCAGCUGACACCAAUACAGACAAUGCGGCCGCUGGUGUCGUUAUCGACAUGGAACCCGAAGCUAGAUCAUCACCGCUUCGAACAGCAAAAGCUGCGUCUUUCGACGAGCCUCCGCGAAGGCCAAAAGUCACUAUCGCUACUACACAUUCUACUCAUAAUAUAUCUGCAACUGCCAGGUCAAACGAAGCUAAGCAACAAAACAGGCGUUCUUGGGCAGGAGUCCUUACAACUGCUCGCAGCGCUAGACAAAUUUUAGAAGAAUUCAGAUCAUCGACAUCGGCUACAAGCUACGAACAAAUGCCAGAACCUCAAGUAAGUGAGAACGGAGAAACCACGUUGUAUUUUUCUAGAGAAUUAUCACCUACUUGUUCAAGAGAUCCAUUUGGUGGCCGUGCACAAACUACACCUACUGACGAGCCCCCUUCAUAUGAAGAGGCUCUUAAAAUGCCUGCGCUUAGGAAAUUAACGAGGUCUAUUACGGGGACUAAUUUGGCCGGUCCCAGACGAGCAUUCUUGCGAGAUGUGCUCACGAAUAGGAGGUCGUGCCUGGAAGGUGUCGGCGUAUUAGCAGGAACUAAGGUAGUUAGGUUGCCGUACAGCGAAUCCGGUGACGAGACGCCUCUAUAGCGCUUCAAUACAGCUCGUGCAAUUACUGACUUUAUAUGGUGCAAUAAAAUGUUAUAGGUACUUGAAUGAGAGACUACCGUAUUGUGUGAAUUAGAUAAAGCAGUUAAUAGUGAUAGUGUUUGUAUUAACGUGUUUAUACGCUUCGGAAUUGUAGGAUAUAUGACGAAUGAGCUUGCCGCUAAUUAAAUUAUUCAUAUUGUCGUAAAAGGAAUUUAAGACGGAAUUUCAAGAUUAUGUACAAUUAACAAUUUGUUUGCGUUGGUUUUUAAAGAUGAAUUUCUGUCAGUAAAUAAUGGAGUACGUAAGCUGUAUACUAUAUUUGGUUUAGUCUUGUAGAUAGUAAUAUGUAUAUACUCAAUGUGACUGGUCCACCUGACUAUUGAAAUACCUACUGUGAACAUGCCGUCAAAUUUUCAAUCGUCGAAUAAAAUUAAUUAAAAUCUCAUGAAUUGCUAUAAAGCUUGUUGCUACAAAUACAUGUUCAUACGUCUGUUUCAUUAUUGAACUUGUAUAGGACAAUGUCAAAAACAUUUAUUAGUUUGUAAUAACUUUGAAAUAACAAUCAGCUUUGAAAUGAAGUUAUAUUAUAUUUCAUUCGCAAAUUUUCUAGAAAGGUCUCAUCAUUGAUUAACCUUUAAAAUAACUUGAUCCUAUUGAUCUAAUGUUAAUUAUUCCUCACAUGAUUUGAAGUUACUACGAAUUUUAAACAAGAAAGCAAGUAACUUAAAUGUAAAGAAUUAUUUGUAAGUAUUAUGUAUGUAGGUAUAGGGCAGUGCCUUAUAUCGUUGUUAUAGUUCGACAUGAAUAUAAUAUUUGUAAUGGAAGUUAAAUAUAUUGCAAUUAAUGUAUGUAUUGUAAAAAGUAAUUUAACGCGAGGCGUAAGCUUUACCGCACCAUUAGUUAGAAGUAAUAUAAGCAAUACCCUUUUAUUACGACUGUAUGAACUAGAUGCACAAAUACAUUAAUGCCGGACGUUUGAAAAAUCUGAUCUAAAGUAUAUCUUAUUAUCUGCAAAAUUUCGUUUCUGACCAAUGAGUAGGUACGAGUAGAGUACCCGCACACUGUGGACUUUUUAAUGAGUUUGAUCGGGCUUUUGAUAAGUACGGGAUGCGCACAUAACAACGACCCUUAUUUAGCUACGUUUUGAAAUCACAAUUUUCUUAAAAAAAGGCUUAUGUUUAACUUACCAUCAAAUAUAGUAACCAAUAGCAGACAAAAAUAGUAAAUGACCACCAAAAUGAAAUUCGCAUUUUAAUGUAAAAUUAUAACCAAAGUUUUUAAAUUGUUGUUAUCCCAAAAGUAGUAAAUGAUCACCAAAAUUAUUGAAUCGUGUCCGGGCGGGCGCAGCGCAGCGUUUGCGGUGCAUUGGCAGGGGAUUGCAAGCCGGAGACAACUGAAUAUGGCAUCAUAAUACUUUAUUUGAUAAUAAGCCUACAUUUUAGGGCAAUCGCAGUGAUUUAUUUAGGCAAAAAUAAUACAUUAAUUUGGUCGUCAAGAUUUGGUGAUCAUUUACUAAAUUUUGGUGGUCGAAUACAAUUUAAAGUGGAGUCGUGACUAAAAUAGCUGUUACUUUUGUAUUUUCAGACUUUAUUUUUAUGGUGUUAAGUAGAUAUUUUUGGUUACAAUAAUAAGGGUAUCAAAGCAUUUUAUGGUGGUCAUUAUAUUUAUCCCAAAAAAAAAAAAACAACAAACAUCGGGCCAACUACCGGGUAAUGUGCGGGUACUCUUACUCCUGUUGAAGAAAAGUAUGUAUUAAUAGAAUGCCUUCAGGCAAAUAAAUGUUUUUCAUUAAUAAAUAAUUGCUUUGAUUUGUUUCUAAAUGUCUUAACAGAAAUUCAAAAUGUUAUAAAAAAAAUCUAGAUUAAAAUGUACCAAUUUCAGUUUAACAGUUUAUGUAACAUUUAUUUAAAUAUGUUUGUCUACUGAUGAUAAAAAAAUAGUUGACCUCAUUUUUCUUGUAACUUAUUUUAAACUGAAGAUAUUCUGUAGGUACAAGUAUUUUUUUGUUGGUAUUAGAAUAAAAUAGACUAUUAAUAUUUCUUUCUGAUCUAAUUAUUUAUUUGGUCAUGUUCAAAUGUUGUAUAAAUAAUCUAAACGGUAGGCAAUCGCCAAAGUGAUAUUAAAAUAAGUAGCUUAUUAGGCUCGAUUCAAUUAAUGGCUUAUCCAUGGAACCAAUUAAGGUACUCACUAUUGAAUAAUUUAAAUAUUUUAUUCGUAUUUAUAAAAUUAUUUUAUUCGUGAUCAGAUAUUUAUGAUUAUGCAUUAUAUAGGUUAUUGAGAUAUAAGCAGUUAUAUAUCUACCGUAGAACAAAAAACUUGUCGAAAUUACACAAAUUUAUUUUUUCAAUUGUAUUGUAUACAUUAUCCGUGUAUACAUUUUCUGUUAUUUAGGAGUUUGGUAUUUCAUUUGUACAAUUAAUACUUUAAAAUGUCCUGUUAUAGUGCUAGGUACAUAUUCAGGCUUUUUAUAAACCUACUUUUGAAUACUAAAUGAAGGCUUUAUUUUUGUGUAUGUCAACGCUUAUUGCUAGAAUUUAGGCCCCAUUACAAUAUACAAAAAAUCAGUAAUUUCAAAUUUCAAUAAGCCUUCAACAAAAAUAUAAAUACUUAGGUAAUGCUGUUUUUUCGUAAUACUUGUAAAACAUUAUUUCCUUGAUUGUAUUUUAAUGACAUAUAAAUAUUCUCAUGUGUACCCGUCCAAAUAUUCUUGAAUGGAUAACUAAUUAACAUAUUGUAUACCUAAACGAUUUUUUGUUCCGACUUUAAGUUCACAUUUGAAAACGCUUGUAAAUAAAAUAGUAUUUAAGGUAAAGGAACAAAUUAUAAAUUAUAUAAAGUGCCAAUGAAGUUAGUUGUAGAAUACGGUUUGAAUAAAACAUUGGACCGAUUCGGAGUUGUGAAGUAACUUCGAGGGAUACUACGGGAGCACGCCUCGCGGUAUUGGAUUUGUUCAAGUUCCUCCGCGGGCUCUCUGCGAUCGCCAUGUUCACAACUUUCCACUAAUACCGAUAUAUAUGGAAAUUGUAUCGAACUUCUCUUUUCCAUGUUCUCGUAGUACCAACAUCCAAUUCAGUGUUACGUCGCAUAAAUAUGAUAGCUGUAUAAACUACCAAUCUAUUCUAGAUUUAAUUAAGUAAUACACCAUAGAUUAAUACCUACAAUGCUUUUACUGUUGUGUAAAACAACGUUUUAUUGUAAUAUUGGGUACUGUUUAGUUAUAACGCUAAAAAUUAAAUAUUUUUGAUUGUAAAUUAAUGGGCGAACCAAAAAGUUUAUUAUUUUCAAUAAACUGUGUUACAAAUUA